CAACCGCCCCCCCCCCCCCCCAAAAUGCGGCUCUCAAUACUUUCAAAUGGCCCCCAACUCCACGACCCUGGUUAAGACAUAACGUUGCAUACCCUAACCGCCUUGUAUGCAACCCUCCCCCAGAAUAUGAGAUACACUGGUGUUAUUUAAUCCCGAGUAUCGCAGUCAUGGUGAGCUCUUCUUUUCUCUGCCUCUAUUCAAAUGCAAAAGGUCAUUUGAACCUCAUAUACUGAUACUAUUAGGCGUCUAGAUAUCCCAGAAAACAGAAAUCCCACCAUGGCGGGGGAAAUCGACGUUUCGCCGGGCUCUCUUGCUUCAACGGCAACCUUACAAGAUAGGACGGAGUCAAUGACAAUCAAACAGAUUUUAGCACAGCUUGAUGGGGUUUUCCCAAUAGAUGAAGCUGUUGUUGAUGCGCUACCCGUGGGAAGCACUUUUCUCUCUGUCGAGCAUUUUGGGACUAGCGCGUGGACGAUCACUGGCAGACUCAUAGCUCUCGAUCCGGAUGGUUCAGAGAAGCAUUACUUCCUCAAAAUCGCAUAUGGAGAAGUUGGUCGGACCAUGCUCGGAGGGGAAUUCGAAUCGUCUAAGAUAAUUUACAACGUUAUGCCAGAUUUUAUCCCUGAGCCGUUUGGGUUUGGGAAGUACAAGGUUCCAAAUCCCGCCACAUAUUUCUACCUAUCAGAAUUCGUCGACAUGGAUGUCACCACUGCCCCAGAUCCAGCUGAAUUCACAAGCAGGCUCGCGCAUCUACACAAAAUCAGCCAAUCCCCAACUGGUAAAUUUGGGUUUCAUGUUCAGACAUGUGACGGUGACCGAGCACAUGUUGUCGACUGGCAGGAAAGCUGGGCAGUCUUUUUUAGGAACCUAUUUCUCGGCGUCUGCGAACUCGAUGUUAAAAGAAAUGGCCCUUGGCCGGAAUACGAACGCGCUAUUGAGCAGGUAGCGUGGAAAGUAAUACCACGCCUCCUCGAACCCCUGCAAGCUGAAGGUCGUCAACUCGAACCUUGUAUAAUUCACGGAGACCUCUGGGAAGGGAAUAUGGGGAUCAAUCUUGAGACGGGUGACACCCUUCUCUUCGAUGCCGGUAGUUACUAUGCGCAUAAUGAAAUGGAACUAGGCCAUUGGAGAUGCGAAUUCAGUUCCGUCUUCCGAUCCGCAUCGUAUAAGAAGCACUAUCUACGCCACUACCCCGCAGCAGAGCCAGCAGAUGAGUUCGACGACAGAAAUCGACUCUAUAGUCUCAAGGGAGCCAUCAACUACUCUGCCGGUCACCCAGGUAGCAUUCUGAGAAAAACGGCAUACAAUAACAUGUGCUAUCUCUGUGAGAAAUACGCCCCGAUAGAUGGCAUUGACAAGUAUGAUUCGCGGAUUGAUCCAUCACUCACGGGAGCUCGCAUUGUACCGCAUUUAGCUGACGGACUUAUUUGAUUAUAACGAAGUUCCAGAACUCGCUAAAUAUUCAAGACGGCGAGUUUGAAGCUACCCCUUAGGCUAUUCAAUAUUCUUUGGAAUUAGAGAAUAUCUACCUAGG